CUUAUCGUUAUCGCCGAUAAGGCUGCCUGAACCACCCCCCAAUCGCGCUCAGAUAUCCAAUCCAUCACAUCACAUCCUCGACCGCCGGCCGACACAAAUCACCAAACACAACGGGCGACGCAAAAAGCGCAACGCACAAAACACACGCCCCUCCUCGCAAUGGCGAAUCUCCCGACGACCAAGACCAUCCCCGGCAAGGAGACGCCGGGGCUGCGCUACCCCUCCAACGGCAAGACCAUCUACCACCGGCCCCUGAACCGCACAAAGACGGCCGAGCUCAGCCAGUCCAGCUUCGCCUACCUCUUCAGCGAGAUGGUCUCGUACGCCCAGCGCAACGUCAAGGACAUUUCCGAGCUCGAGCAGCGCCUAAACGUCCAGGGCCACUCGAUAGGCCUCAAGCUCCUCGACCUCCUCCUCUUCCGCGAACCCCCGCGCACCCAGGUCCGCCCCCUGACAAUCAUCACCCUACUGCACUUUAUCAAACAGUCCUGCUGGCAGCACCUUUUCGGCCGCCAGGCCGACCGCCUCGAGAAGUCGGCCGACCCCGCCAAACCCGACGAGUACAUGAUCAUCGACAACGAGCCCCUCGUCAACGCCUACAUCAGCGUGCCCCGCGAGAUGUCCCAGCUCAACUGCGCCGCCUACGUCGCCGGCAUCGUCGAGGGCGUUUGCGACGGCGCCGGCUUCCCCGCCCGCGUGAGCGCCCACAACAUCGCCGCCCGGGACGAGCACGAGAUGUGGCCCGGCAAGACCGUGUUCCUCGUCAAGUUCCGGCCCGAGGUCCUCGAGAGGGAGAGCUACCUGGGCAAGAGCUGAGUCGGCUUAGAUUAUGCGACGAGUGAUUCAAUGGCGUUCAGAGGGGGAGGUGCAUGGGCGGCGUUUGGGUGAUGAAUUGGGGGGCAAUCGGUCUACAUGAUGCUCCCUUUUGUUAUUGUGUUUGGGCGAGGCUCGCGAGUCAUUUUGAGUCAAAUUUUUUGGGCUUCUCCAUAGUCGAGAACCCCGAGGCACCAGAGUAGAGCUGUUUCUUUAGACCAACAUAUGUUAAAUUGGCGCCGUGCACGCCGUUUUCGCUACCGGCCUUUCAAUUUACAGCUCCUUGACUUUGUCCCUCGUGGCAAGCCUCGGAUAUACGCAUCAGGCCUUUCCCAGAGCCGUCGCGUUUUCUCGUCCCUCAAAAUCAAUACCAGGGUAUCCCAUAACGCCAAUGAACAUCACCUGCCCCAGUAGAGCACCGCCGGGAUUAUCGCCAUCUCCCUCUCUACCGCGGCAACCUCAACCCGCCAGAAGCACCAGCACCGCUGCCCGCCCUCUGGGCCUGCGCCCACCCGCCCGGCGGCGGUGGUCCGCGAUUCAUCAGGCCCGCGAGACCGAGGUCCUUCCAUGCCGGUUCGCGCUGCCUCUGCGUCGCCUGGGUGAUACCAAACGCCGCGUGCUGGUCCGGCACGACGUCGUCCUCGUCCUCUGGGUUGAUGGGCUGGUGCUGGGGUGGCACGUACACCUCGUCGUCCGGCAGUCUCUCCUUGCAGAAGUCCUCGAACAGGUCGGCGUCGCGGGCGCGGUGCAUGUGCACGUACGUGUGGCUCGCGUCUUUGUUCUGUUCGGAAGGGGGCAAUGGCGUUAGUUUUCUGAAGAGUGUGGGAUGGAAGGGAUGGAUGCUGUUUUGACAGGGUGGGGGGGCCACGCACCAGUCCCAUUUUUCUGCUUGUUCGAGCUCCUUUCCAGAGAUUCCUUGUAUAGGGCUUCUUGGUGCAGGUGAUUUCCGCGAUCUUGAUAUUCGCAGAAUACAGGACAGACUUGACGUGUUGAUGUUGAUGUUGACGAGGGAUGUCUGGUUUCUAGCUGCAGCC